UCUUUCGAAUCCGUGGCAAAGAAGAGCUAUAACACAGCAAUAAUGUUUGCUAAACCGGAACAAUUCUUUGUAUGUUUUCUACAAUAAUUUUAUUGAUACAUCUCUACCCCUAAUCAGCCUGACUCGCAACGAAAUGUCAUGUUUGUUGGCUAGUGGCUACUGUGUCAUGAACAUGGACAAUGUGGAGACAAUUUACCUUCUUUGGAUAGAAAUUGUAUCGCUGAAGACAGAAGCUUAGGCUGCGCCAUCUGUCUGCUAAACUACGAAUGAUACAGUUAAACGCUAGGUAACCAAAGUCGAGGUUCGAAGCGACGGGCGCAUGUGUGAGUGUGUGUGUAUUUCUUGUUUCAAAUAUAGUAUUUUCUGACCUCUCGGUGAUAUUCUAGGUAUAGCUUUGCACCGAGAAAGUUGAAAGAAGAAUUAAGAAAAAGACAUGCUGUCUGAAACAUUUUUUUCGCAGACAAUAAUUUCAAAAGCAAAUUUAGAUUACCUUCGUUCCAAGGAAUGAAAAUGCUGUGAUUCGUCCGUCUCCAACAAAACUACGUCGCCUCGUUAAUUUUAAAAUACGCAAAUUCGUUACUCAAUUUAACCAUGUGUAAAAUAUAAUCAUAUUCGAAAAUAAAUGUUUCUUUGUGCCUUGAAUAAUUGUGAUGCGAGUGGUAGUGAGUGGGUUACAGGCACUGCGGAGCUGAGAAACAUGUCUCCGCUGUUCGUGUGAAGUGGAAUUGUGCGAUGGUUAGAAUCGAGUGUUCUGUAAAAUAUCUUUGGAAUAUUGUUGCCUCUUAUGUGAAGAAAUAUAAUUCCAUGUGUGCCUUUCGAAUUUAUCUACCACCCACCUGCCUGUGAAUAGGGGUUGAAUCUUUGUUUCCGGUUCACAUAAUACCAGACUCUAUGGAUAGCUACGUACUUGGUUUGAACACGCUUCCCUGGGCAAAAGAACACCUAAUCUCGUGUAAAAACUACAACUGAGAUUAUUUUGACAUCUUAUGAAUGGCGUCGGAGUAGAUCUGUCAACCAUGCCUCUUUCGCGUACUCGCUCCUUGCUUGCUAAUAUCAAUGGUGCCCCAUCGAGUACUCCAAGUGACACAUACAUUUCGCAGAUCUCGGAUAUAAGUAAUCAGUUACCGCCCCUUAAAUCUGGAACUAAUCCUUUAAUAGAUGAUCCUGUCUUGGCACAUCUUCCUAGCCCACAAAGUGCCAAUCAUCAAACACAGAAUCAGCAGGCAAGUAAUGUGAAUCAGACAUUACCAUUAGUGAAGGCAACAGCACCAGAAGAAAGCAAUGGUGUACAGAAUAAAAAUGGAUCAUCAAAACCUAAGACGAUGGUGGUCACACCUGAGCAAGUAAUGAAAUUGUACAGGAACAAGCUAACCCCUUAUGAACAACAUGAAGUUUUUGAUUAUCCACAAAUUUACUUUAUUGGUGCAAAUGCUAAAAAGCGACCAGGAAUUGUGGGUGCUGCAAAUAAUUGCAGUUAUGAUAAUGAAAAUGGUUCAUACAUCCAUAUUCCUCAUGAUCAUAUAGCUUAUAGGUAUGAAGUGUUGAAAGUUAUUGGUAAAGGUAGUUUUGGACAGGUAGUAAAAGCGUAUGACCAUAAAAAUCAUGAACAUGUUGCUCUGAAAAUGGUGCGGAAUGAGAAGCGCUUUCAUAGGCAAGCACAAGAAGAGAUUAGAAUUUUAGAACAUCUUCGCAAACAAGACAAAGACAAUACCAUGAACAUUAUUCACAUAUAUGAUAGUUUCACAUUCCGGAAUCAUAUGUGUAUAACAUUUGAAUUGCUGUCAAUUAACUUGUAUGAGCUUAUCAAGAAGAAUAAGUUCCAAGGUUUUAGUUUACAGUUAGUAAGAAAAUUUUCACAUUCAUUACUGCAAUGCUUGGAUGCAUUGUACAAAAAUAAAAUAAUUCAUUGUGACAUGAAACCUGAAAAUGUUUUACUAAAACAGCAAGGCAGAAGUGGCAUAAAGGUGAUUGAUUUUGGUUCAAGUUGUUAUGAAAAUCAAAGAGUUUACACAUAUAUUCAGUCAAGAUUUUACCGGGCUCCAGAAGUAAUUCUAGGUGCUCGAUAUGGAAUGCCAAUUGAUAUGUGGAGCCUUGGUUGCAUCCUUUGUGAACUACUGACAGGCUUUCCUUUGUUACCUGGUGAAGAUGAAGCAGAUCAGCUUGCAUGCAUCAUUGAACUUUUAGGAAUGCCUCCUCAGAGGUUGUUAGAUGCUUCAAAACGCGCAAAGACUUUUAUCAGCUCGAAAGGUUAUCCCCGUUAUUGCACAGCUACAACCCUUCCUGAUGGAACUACAGUCUUGGGUGGUGGAUUAUCUCGACGAGGCAAGCCUAGAGGACCCCCUGGAGCAAAAGAUCUUUCACGAGCAUUGAAAGGCUGUGAUGAUCCACUCUUUUUAGAUUUUAUACGUAGGUGUUUGGAGUGGGAUCCAGAUAUGAGAAUGACUGCAUCUGCUGCACUCAGACAUCCUUGGCUGAGAAGACGUCUCCCAAGGCCUCCAGCAGAGAAGGCUGAUUCACAACCAACUGGUGCUCGAACAUCUACUUCAUCUUCUAGAAAUUCUAGUAAAACGAAUACAAUGGGAAGUAGCACUAUGAGUGCUAAUAAACUCAGGGUUCAACUUUCUGAUGAUAGAGCUAGUACUGUUCAUUCACGUCAUUCACAUCAGUCCACAAAAUUACCUCAAAUCCCUACAAAUACAUAACAGAUUGUCUCAGCUUAACUCUAUUACAGAGAGCUAUGUUUUUUUUUAAAUUUUAUUGUAGCAGUGUGAAGAACAGAACAGGACCAGUGAUCUCAGAAAAUUUGAGGAAACCAAAACAACAGGUGCUGAAAGUUUGUCACUUGCAUGUAGAAAUGACAGAAAAUUAGUAAUUUCUGACUGCUCAAAUAAGCUUUCUUUGACUACUUGGAAUUAGAUUUAUAUUUAGUGAGGUUUAUGGACAUUUAAUAGUCUCUUGCUUAAACAUGAUGACCUUUCGACCCUAAUUUUAUGGCAUUUGCCACUGUACAUAUUUAUUUUAUCAUUCUAGAUUCAUGUUAACACCAUGUAUAAUUUACUGAAAGAAAUUAGUGUGGGAAUUGUAAAAUUUAUUCUAAUUCUACAUUGUCCUGUAAAUAAAAUAUGAGUGUUAUGGAAAAAAUGUAAAGAAGUUAGUGCCGGUAUGAUUGACUUGAAUAUCAGAUGAUUUUACAUCUUUUAAUACAGCAGUUUUGUAAUGACUAGGGUGCUCACAUUUGCAUUUAUCUUCCAUUUGCAUUUCAUGAAUUUCCAAUUUCCUUUGGCCACUUUACAGCCUCUGGCAUUUAUGAGUUGUGGCAUCUUUCUAUUUCCUGAGGAAAAAAUUUAGAAACUUCUGCAUACUUCUCUAGAAAAAUGUUGACAAUGCGUAUCAUAUUCCAGAAGAUAAGCAUUUGCAUAUGGUCAUAAUAAAUUCUAGUGCCUGCAAUCCCUGCUAUAGAUUCAUUGUUUCUUAAGGAGAAAAAUGUUUUUGUAUUUUUCCACUGAGAUUUAAUCUGUGCUAAAGUAAAAUUCUUUUUAUAAAACAGAAAAAUCCUUUUCAAACAUUUCUUCAUACAUUUGGAGACAGCUAUAUUGUUAGUACCUAGUUGUAUUUAGGUUCAAGGAAAUAAUUCAGACAAAAAGAGACUUUGAUUGUGAAGUAAUAUUUUCUUUUAAUAGCCAAGAAAAAGAGGAAAAGGCAAAAAAUUGGUUUCUACUGCAUUGUACAUAAUAAGUGCAAGGUUGUUUCACUUUGUCCCAGUUAAGUUAGUCAGUCUUUUAUUUUAGUGAGUUGAAAUUUAUUUGGUCAGCAAGAUCAUCAAUAAUCAACAUGAGGCAUAGACUAAAUUUCUUAAAAUAACCCAAAUAAAACAGAAUUUUCAAUCUCUAAUCUUUGAAAUGUAUUUUAAUUUUUAAUAAAAGUAACUGCUUUUUAAUUCAUAUUUUUAUAUUGGCCAGACUAUUGAAUGUGAAAGAUGUUAUGUAAGUUUCUGAUUGAUUAGUCUGCAAAUGGGAUUUAAAGCUAUAUAGCACAUAAGUGUCCUCAUGCAUAUGAUGAAACAAAACAUAAUUUCUGUCCAUAUGUGUAAAUAUAAUUUUACAAAUAUAAUUAAUGAAUCCAUUUUUUUAAUUGUCAAAUGGGCUGUUUAAAAUCAUGUUUGAAAACAAUGUAAAUUGAAUUAAGGAAACCUAAUCUUUGUUGAUAAUCACCUGCAUAUUGAGAAUAGAUGGAGCCAAAGAGUUCAUAUUAUUUUGAAGUUAUUGUUGAAGUACAUGUUUAUAAUGGAGAAGUGUUAAGAAUUAGUGCAGGCAUUAACUUUGUGCCAUUCAUUAUCAUUGCAAGUAAUUAAUAAUGACAAUACAAUUACUGACCAGGGUUACAUUGUUACAACUUCAAUAGAAUUCAACCCCUACAUUUCCAUCUUUGGUCUUACUUUAUGUACUUGCAGAAGACUUAUAUUUCAUUCAAAGAAACUGACUAUUGCCAUCAACUAAAUGGAUUAAAACUAUUGUUUUUUCUGUAUUCAUUGUUUAAGAAUGAGAUUGGUAAAAUUUCAGUGCGAUCAAAAUUAAAUACCAGGAGUUAUACUGAAAGUAAUAAUACUUUGAAAUAUUUGACAUAAUAUUAAAAAAUCAAAAAUCUUAAGUUUCUAUUAAUUUUUUACCUCUUAUGUAGAUGAAUGUAUCAACAAUUGAUAACCAUAAAUUGUGUUGAUCAUUCAAAACCUUAAAAGAGCUCCAACUACCUAUUAUAAUUUUAAUUUCUAUUAGUAUUUUAUCCAUGGUGUCAUCCUGAAACUAAAGUGUGUAUUGACUUUUCACUUGGCAGCACAGAAUACAAAGAAAAGGUCCUGCACUGGAGUACUUUCGUUUAUGUUUCUUACUUGAACUAUGACUACUGUGUAUAUCAAGUGUAUGUCAUGAUUUAGAAUCAAUGUGAUACUUGCAUCGUUCGUUGACAAAUACGGGCAUAAUUAUUGUCUCCUAAUGUCCGUAUUUUUAUGAAGUUCUAUUUUAUACAUAUGCCUUGGGCUAAUUUUGUGCAUCUUUUGUGUUUUUUUAAUUUUGUAUUAUAUGUAUGAUUUUAUUUUUGCUUGGAAUAGAAAGGUAAUUUGAGUGGACUUUUAUUUAAAUGAGUGUUGUGUUGCCAGUGAACUAAUUAAUGUGGUUGAUAUUUUGUUUUGAAUACUCUGGCUUUCAUUAGUGGUAACCAGAAAAUGUAAAACUAAAUGUCAUUGGAAUUGUCAACUGAAGGUAGUUCCAUAAGUUUCUGGCCUGACCAAAAUAACAUUUCACGAUGGGGAAACUUUUUUAGCAGUAGAUAGUCAUAUCUUUGACAUAAUGCUAUAAGUUUUCAUCUCACCAAGUGUUGUGGAGAGAGAUGUUCAAGUUGGAUGUGGGGCAUAAAAUCUAAUGGUGUUUUUCUUCAUGACAAUGCAUCUGUGCGCAUUGCCCAGUUUGCAAAGAAUACUGUGAUGGACUGUGACUUGAAAGAAUUGGACGAUGUGCCCUACAGUCCAUAUUUGUCACCCAACAACUACUACCACUUUUCAAAGCUGAAGAAAGAUUUUUGGAAAAGAAAAUUUUCUGAUCACAGAGGUGAAAGAAGCUGUUUUGGACCUUUUUUAGGCAUAGAAAUGUUAAUUCACAGAUGUAAAAAGUGAGUUGAAGUAUGUGUGAUUAUGUUGAAAUUUUUUUUGUGUGUGGGUGUGUGUGUGUGUGUGAAAUCACAAAUAAAAGAUAGUGAGGCCAGAAACUUAAGAACCCCCCCCCCUCCCUCCCUCCCUCACAUCGAACGCAUCCACAUGUUAUUCUAAAGCAGUUUUUCACACUAUUGUAGAAAGGAUUGGGUUCUCACUGGAGGGCCAGAGUAAUCAAAGAAGAGUUUUAUUAUAUGCAAUAUAACUGUUUUUAAUUUACAUAAAAGGCUGACAUUGUGAUGUUUUUCCAUUACAUUACAGAAUAUUUCAAUUUGUUGUAUAAUUUUAUAGUACAUUUGGCUUAUAGAUUGUAAAAAAAGUUUCAUAUGUUGUGCAUUUUCUCAUAAUCUUGCCAUUUUAUAGUGUUAUAUUUGUUUUAGAGCAAAUAGAUUUUCAAAGACUUAUGUUUUUUAUUUAGAGAGAAUGAUAAUUUUGGGUACUCUUUUCUACAUGUGCAAUUUUCUCAUUUCCUGCAAGUAUUAGGAAACUACUCUGUUUAUUUCUUUUAUCAAUGUAAUGUUGAUUUCUUUCUAUCCCAGGAAUUUUUUUAUUGAAUGUUAUGAAUGUGUUUUAACAUAACAUAUUAUCGGAUGAAUAGAUUGGGAACACAUUUUGUAAUAAGUACAAAGUGUAUUUCAUUUAUUUUAACCCUAGAAUGGUAGAACAGGCACAAAAGUCUGUCGAUGCUACAUUUAGAAGAACCUUUUAGAAUAUUGAGUCAUUGAUUCAUAAAACUGAGCUCUUUAACCCUUUGGCCUUGUUAAGCAGCUUUCAGGUGAAAUUUCAAAGUAUUUUCAAAAGUCUGAUUGAAGGUGAGGUGUCUCCCUUACUUGUUUAGGCAUCUCUCAGGUGACAGGUCCAAAUUCAAGUUCAAAAGGUGAUGCUAGGCUGCUUGCACUCUCUGCAGCAUUGUCAAUUCAAUGAUUUUACUCCUUGCUGAAGUAUUCCUCAAGAAUGUUUUCCUUCAUCUGAUGACAUUGGCAAUAUUUUUAAAGGAUAGUACCAGAAUCAUAUUUUCUCAUUAAAGUAUUAUGACAAUUUACCAUCUUUUAAACAGUAAUUAGUGUUAUAAUUAGGUCUAAUAUAAUUCAUCUUAUGAUUUUGCAUUAUGAAAAUUAACAAGAGAGAUGGAUAUUUACACAUUAUAUUUUAAUUUGGGUACAAUAUUCACACCUCUCAUGGUAUUCAGUUUUCUCUGAUCAUAGUAAAUGUGACAAAAUGACAACACAUUGCUCACUCAGUACUUGCUAACUCUCAUUAAGAUACGUACUGCUUUGAAUGGCAUUUGAUCUGACCAAAUUAUAUGAACGCACAGGGCAGGCUUUGUUUACGUCAAUUUAUCUCAAAAUAUGUUCAAAAUAUAGAGGCCUUAUUAUGAAAGGAUCAGGUCAAGUCUGUCAUCUGAGAAGUGCAAUUAGAGUUUUAGGAUUGUAUUUUUGCUUUCAAAACAAGUGCUUUUCUUGCAAGUCAGAAUACAUGAGAGUUUCUUUAUCCAGUAUGUGUAAUAACUUGAAACAUUAUCUCAAGCCAAAGGGUAAAUUCUGAAGACAUACCAAAUGCUUUUAGACUAUUUUAAUCUAUAGAGCAAAUGGCAUUUAUGUUUGUCAGAAUUUGUAUCCAAAAUGUGAUUUCAUGUUUUCUUCAUCGAAAACUAAUGAUCUGUUCACUGCCAUUCAGUAUGUUUUUACAUAUGUCUGUUUUGCCAGUCAUUGCAUUUAAAUUCUGUAUAAAUCUUAUGAACCAGUAAGAGUAUGUAUUGUCUCUGAUUUUGAAUGUGAGAGUUAAGCCAUUGCUCAGUCAUUCUAAAGUUCAGCAUAAUGAAUAAUGUUCUUAUAUUUCAUUUUCAUUCAUGCAUUUUGAUUAGCAUUAAUAAGAGUUUUACCAUUUAGGGUUAAAAGAUUUCUUGGAUGCAUUUUAUGAAAUUUUAAGUCCUUAGUAAUAUAAUUUUGACAUUUACUUUUAUACUUUUUUAUUAUAAAAUGAAAUAAUGCAAUGACUAAUGAUUACAAUUUUGUAUUUUUUCUUCCUGAAAUCAUGACUGCAAAUUUAUUACUAUAUUUAUUAUUUCUUCAUUUAUUUAUUUAUUUAUUUAUUUAUGCCCAUAGGGGUCUCCAAUAAAUUGCUCAACUGUUUUUACCGGAAUGUAUUUUAAAAGUUACUUGUGGGUCUCACAAUUUUUAUCAUGUGAUGGCAGUGACUCAGAAGUCCUCUUAUUGAUAGUAAAAAGCAAAUUCUGAGACCUGCCCAAUGUACAGAAAUUUUUUUGGACCAAAAACGUGUGUAUUUUGCCAAUUGUUUUUUGUUUUGUUUUUUUUUUUUUUUUUUUUUUUUUUUUUUUUUUUUUUUUUUUUUUUUUGCUUAAUUGUAUAAUUUGAUGCUUUGCAGGUGCUACCUAUAUUAUUUCUUUGAAUCAACUUGAUGUGAAACAUGCUUUGCAACAAAGAUGGAAAUUCUAUCUGCUAUCAUGUUUUUAUAUGAAAGCAAUUAUUUUAAUCUAAUAAAUUAAAUCUUAAUGUGACUGCUAUUUCUGGAGGGAAACAUUUGUUCUUGAAAAUUAUGAUAAUGGACUAGUAUUUAUAUAUGACUAGUAGUUACCUUCAGUUUGUUGCAAAUUGUCCUGAUUCUUGUUGAGGUAAUUAGUGUCUGUUUAAGGUUUACAUUAUCCCAAAAAAUUGUAGAUAUUUUUAAUCAUUAAAAAUGUUAAGCAUGCGCUGCCACUGAUUAGCUAUAUGUGAAAGAAAAAGAUAAGUUUCUGUCUUUGUUCUUCCCGUAAAGUGACGAGGGAGGCAUGGCAACAUCAGUUGCUAAAAAACAAAUACAAUUUUCAAUGUAAAUACACAUAUUCCUGGUCAAGGUGUUCAUUGUAAAUGUUGAAAAAAGUUUUUAGUUUUGGUUUCUUUUGUUGGAAAUGUGGAAAAAUUAUUUUGUUGUGUUUUUAGAAACCUUUUUGUUUUGGGGUCAUGAGGAAAUGUUUUGUGCAAACAGAACUGUUAGUAGUAGUAGUAAAGAGAAGCAGCAAUUUGUUGUUAGUGUGUGACCAGUUUUGCAAGAUCAGAAAUUCCUGUACCUCUAGAGAAAUGCAGAUGUGUCUACAGUUAUGUAAUAGAACUAUUCAAGUUGAAAAGCUACUCAGGAGCCAGUCUUCAUAAAUUACUUAAUAUUCUAUUUGGAAUAUACUAUUUCAUAAAGUUAGUAAACUGCAUAUUUCACCAAAGACUCCACAUUGGUGCAUUAGGCCUUAUUAGAUAUAUCUUUAUUACAAAAUUGUAUAACAACUGUAAUACAAUAUUAGACUGCAUCCAUGAAUGAUGUCACACUAAUUUGGAUAAAAAAAUUAUUAUUUUUUUUGUACAGAGGUUCCUACAACUUGAUAUAAUUGCAUUUGUGGCAUCGUAGAUCUCUCUUACAUGUUGUGUAAAUGGAUUAUAUGAAGAAUUUGGUGUUGCAUUAUUUGUCCCCAUGCAUUGUGACAGCCAGUCAUCAUUCCUUGCGACCCCUCUGCAAAUAUUUUGUAUGUGACAGUGACAUUCUGACAUAUUUUUGGAUAGCAUACACUGUAUUAUUUUGCUCUUUGAAGCAUCAGAAAUGGAAAUGUUAUCCGCAAGAUCAGAAAAUGGGUGUCAAUUUUCAGUGUCUGCUGCACCAUUGGAACCUCACAUCUUGUUAAUAUUCAUCUGUACAUUUGAGAAUUAGUGUGAGUUUUGCUUGGAUGUAAGCAAGGUGUGUAGAAUAUUUUCUUAUAGAAAAAAUUAAAAUUAGGAGCCUGCCAUUUUGUAAGGUAUUACUGUGUGUAUAUUUGCAUUGGAUAUUAUAUUUCACAUAUUUCCCUAAACCUAUGAAAUUAUAGAUGAGCACCAUGCUGGUUGAGGAAAAGUAAUGUCAAUCUUCAAAAUACAUUAGCUCUCCUGUUUGUAUGUAUGAUCUAUUAUCAAAAUGGCUUUCUGUAACCUGCAGCUUUAAUUAAGGAACAAAACACCUGAACAAAUUACAAGCAAUUGUGCCUGAGCCAGUAGAAAAGAUGCUUAUGAAUAAAGAUAGAACAAUGCAAUUGUCUUAAGGAAGCUUUUUAUUUAAUGUUUAAUUUCCCUACUUUAAUUUUGAA